CGGCAUCAUUGGCUAUCGGAAAGGAGUUGUGAUGGUACCAUUGUCACCAGUGGAUUGGUAUCGAGUGUGAGUACGGUGCUGCACGAUGUCCUGUUGCCGUGGACGGGUAUAAAGAGCCUCCCCGUUCGCGCCGUCUAGUCACAUUGGGUCACAACAUGUGGCAUGUUCAUGUACCUUCUUGUCCUUCUUCCGGCUCUGCAACAGCUCCUCGCAUCACUUGCCUUACGGCUGCGGCACAACAUCAGCAUGGCACGGCCUAAUGGAAAGAUUCAUGUCACCGUCGAGGUCACGGAGACUGAAUCACUAGGUUGCACGGAUACCUCUGAGACAGACUUUUUUCAGACCUUUACAGUUAUUACUGCCUCCCACGACGAAGCCGACACGUCAAGGCUCAACAUGGCCCCAAUCCGGAGUGUCACGACUUGUGCGACUCACAUUCCAGAACCUCAAGAAAAAUGCACCCAGCACGGCUCCAAAUGCGCGCUGUUGGAGCAUGAUAUGACCCGCGAAGAAUUGUGCGAACUGACUGGCGACAAACGAUGGAUGCAACCUGAAUGGGAUGAUGAGAUGUCGCUGCCACCAGGAUAUAUCGCGAUGAGGCUCAAGCCGAUGGGUUGGGGCGGCAUGAUAUGCCAGGCCAUACUGGGGGCUGUGCGUUGGUGUUUAUGCAUAGAGUAGUGCAGACAUCCAGCGCCUUUUAUCGCAUGUCAAUUACUACGAAUCCGCGACUUUUCUUCACUGAUAGGCUGUAUGAAGUGAUUACAUGAGCAGCGA